GCCUCUUCCUGGGGGGCAAGUGUUCUAAUUCGCGUUUCUUUUGCAGUGCUGCGUGUUUUUUUCGAAAUGCCCCAGCAAGCGCAUAGCCGAACAUGAGCAGCGUACGGAGUUGAUUGACGGUGCGCAGUUGCGUGUCGACUCGGUUCUUGUGCAGAAAUAAUAAUAUUGCCGAUGUCGCAGUUCUCCCACUUUCGUGCGACUCUGAGACAUGGCGUCAAUCGUUUGGACAAGCUUGCGGACGGGUUGUCCAUCGUUGCUCCUUGCUGGGCAAUCAGUUCUGUUGCCUUUGCUGGUUUGUACUUGAAGCGAAAGCGAGACGUGGUUCUUCAGGGGCAUUUGCUGCUUGCUGAGCACUCGAGCAGCAGCGAUCCCGAACAGACUUUCACGGGAUUCGGAUCUGCAGAAGAUAGGCCUUCAUUGCUGCCCUUCUGGUCACAAAUUCUCACAGGACCUUAUCCCCGCUUCGCAACUCUAACCGACGGCGCGGGCGCGCGCACGGGUGUCUGGACGUUCAGCAAUGGAGUCCGACUGUUUGCCGAAGAGAGCAUCCGAGUCGCGAAUGAGGAUCCCGGCAAAAGAGGAAAAGGAGAGGAGCGUGGCAGUCUGAAUGCGGAAAACGCAACAUCUACUUCAUACCCUCGCGACUCUCGACUGCUUGCGAUUCGCAGGACAUCGGACGCCGAAUGGAAUACCCGCGGAACCACUUUCUGGGGAUCUCGUUUUGGCUUUUUUCUGAGAAACGAAUUGCUUCCAGAAUCACUCUUACCGAAGACGCCAGCAGCCUUUUUGGUUGCGGACUGGAAAGUAAAAAAAGUGGAAAGUAGAACUACGGAGAGCACGGCGGUACCGUCGGGACAGCAGCAUGCGAGAGAUGAGUCUUCUACAGCUGUUUCUACAGCUCCACUCACCUCGAGUUCUAAGUUGGCGCUUCUCUGCUCUUCCCUCGCAGUGGGAGCCAUGGCAUUCGCGUGGGGCUCAGUGCUGCGGGAUGCGUGGGCGCGACGGCAGGCGUUGCUGUUCGUAAAGGAGUAUCUGCGGAAGACAAACGUGAUACAGGAGAUAGCACCUCCGUUGACCAAAAGCAAUCUCGGCAAAAAUCUAGCUUCUACUUUUGGUCACACUCCCCCCGGUGCUGUUGGAGCCUCAACAUCCCUCGGUGCUGGCGCACCAUCUGGAGCAGCGCUUAAUUCAAGGUCACGCGUGUCAGCAAGGUCGAGGUUUCUUCCGCUCGACUUUGCCGAGGAAAUGGGGAAGAGAAAUUACGACCAAGGAUCGAACUUUUCUUCGUCCCUUUUUUCCACUCGGAAAGCGGCGGAUUUAGCAAGCGGAAUGUUGUCGAGAAAAGCUGCUGUUGCUGGUGGCGCACCAGUUCCGACGUCACACCAGGAAGAUGCAGAUGGCGCAAGUGAUAAAUUCCAACUUAUACUCGAGUCGGGAAGCUUGCAGAAGGAUCGCAUUCAGGCCGUGUUUAGAAUAAAGCUAGCAGGAGCUACAACUACUCGCAGGAGCCACUUUUACCGGUGCGCCGCCUGGCGGCACCCGUUCGACCAACAAUGGAUGGUGACCGAGGGAAAACUUGUCCUGUGACCGAUAUUUUUGGUGAUAAGAAAAAGACACAACAUGAUCAUGUGACUAUUCAUCUCACUCUUCGCCUUUUCUGUUUUAUUUUGUCACACACAGCACAACGAGC